GCAUCCACUGGUGCUCAAGGACACUUUCCGCCCGAAGCUACUACAUCCGUUGAGGAUCUAAGGCACGGCAGAACGAAUGGAGGCGGUGGUGGUGGUGUUGACAUUCCCAUACGGAAAUUUGUCGCCAAAUUUGAUUAUGAUUCGCGACAGUUGAGCCCGAAUGUGGAUGCCGAACAGGUCGAGUUGUCAUUUCAUGCCGGUGAUGUGAUCACCGUGUACGGAGAAAUGGACGAGGAUGGCUUCUACAUGGGCGAACUAAACGGUAUUCGCGGGCUGGUACCAUCAAAUUUUCUUCACACCUCACCACCGAAUUCACUAUUGCCCUCACAAAUGCCCCCGCAACUGCAGCAGUCUUCGCAAGCAGUGCCUCCAAUCACAAUCCCGGUUCCAGAGCAGCAGGCGAAGUCGAGGGGCGUCGUCUUUCAAGAGAAUGCGAGGAAGGUAACAACAACGUCUUAG